AUGGCAUCGCUCAAUCUAUCGGCCAAUGGCCCCUCGAUAUCGAAAAGCUAUCAGUCUGUGGCCGACUCCUCGAUCUCGGAAUCCGCGCGGGGCUCUCCAGCAGUCGCCAAAUGGGCAUUGUUCUCCGUUUCGACGCCACUGGUGAGCGCGUUUCAACAAGAUGCUGGCAGCAAAGAAAGUGUUCUCAAAGUUCAGGACACGGGAGAGGGAGAGUUGGCAGAUCUUCUUGACGAGUUUUCCGAGGGGAAAAUUCAAUUCGCUUUCGUUAAGGUUAUUGACGCCAACACGGGCCUACCCAAAUGUGUCCUCAUCGCGUGGUGUGGAGAAGGCGUACCCGAGCGGACAAAGGGGUACUUCACUAGCCACUUGUCCACGGUCUCCAGGUUUUUACAUGGCUACCACGUUCAGAUAACUGCUCGCUCAGAAGCCGACUUGACGGUAGAGGGCAUCAUCCAGAAGGUUGGCGAUGCGUCAGGCGCGAAAUACACACAUGGUCCCGAGCGGCCGAUUGCCUCUCCCGCGAAACCUCCCGUUUCCAGCAAGCCGGUUUUCACUCCUCUCCGAACUGGCGGCAUUAGUGCAGGCGCGACCGGUGCCGCCCCAUUGCCAGUGAGGACAAGGCCAAAUGAUGACGAUGGAUGGGGACCCGAUGCUCCCCCCGUGACUCGGACUAAUUUAGAGAAAGUCCAACCGGCUUACCAACCUACCCGGGUCAACAUACAGGAGCUCAAAUCUGAGAAGCAGGCUGAGCCAACCGUAGGCCCCAGGAUCACGACGGAUUACCGCCCUGAAGGCGUCGUGAAAGGUGGAUAUCAGCCAAUCGGCAAAGUGGAUAUCGCGGCUAUCAGAAGACAGGCACGUGAGGCUGGUAGCGUCACGGAUGACCGACCAGAGCCUGUUAGAGGUGCUUAUGAACCAGUCGGCAAAGUCGACAUCGCUGCUAUUCGCGCGAGGGCCCAAACGACAGAUGAGACUGGGGUGAACUCGGAAGAGAGUCCCUCCCAAUUCGAUGGGCCUUCCAGUUCCCUGGAUGUCAAAUCCUAUGAGUCAAGCCGCCUUACAUCCUUGCCCAAGCCCAAGGUCUCCAAUCGGUUUGGCGGAAGCUCGACGUUCACGGGCACCAAGCCCCCUCUUCCCGGAGGCAGUGCGUCUAGCGUAACGCCCGCAGCCCCUGUUGGGAGUGCUAGUCGAACCUUUGCCGAUCAAGGGGGUAAGACACCUGCACAACUUUGGGCAGAAAAGAAGGCGAAAGAGCGCGGCCAGGAACCUAGUGCUGUUACACCAUCAUUCCAUCCUCCUGUGGCCAAUGUCGAAAACCACGGUAGUGGUGGAAGCGAAUGGAAGAGCUCCUACAGUGGAAAAUCUUGGGCACCCGUUCAGACCACACACACCGGGAGAUCUGCAGAGGAUAGGCACGCGGAGGUCGCAGAUACUGUUACUGUUGACAGAUCAACUCCAGAGCCCGUAAUGCCCCAGCAAGAUGUUAGUACUAUUCGAGACCAGUUAACGCAAGGGCCACCAAAGGAAGCGCCUAGCUUUGUUGAGACAGCGAGGUCUGUUCCUUCACAUGUCAACCCAGCAGAAACCGCGCUUGAUAUUCCGCAAGUGCCAAAGCCUUCUCAGCCACCUGUUCUUCAGACUCAGUGCCCUGAUGAAUCGCCGGCACCCGAUCUUUCUGAAUGUGACAGUUCGCCGAUCCGAGUUGCGAUGCCAGUUGCGAAGGAAGCUACCGAUUAUGGCGAAGCGCAAAUAUCGCCUGCUACCGCUGAACAAGUUGAAAGCCUGCGGGAAGGUGCUGUAGCUGACAAGGAACGAACUCCUGGUGCUCAAAAUGCACAUUUUGUGUCGGCCGAGGCUACUCCUGCCGAUGAGACUGACGCCCGCGAGAUACGAGCUCUUGUGCAAUAUGACUACGAGAAGGCAGAGGACAAUGAGGUAGACCUCAGGGAGGGUGAACGUGUGACGGAAAUUGAGAUGGUUGACAAAGAUUGGUGGCUUGGUCUUAACGCACGCGGGGAGAGGGGACUUUUCCCGAGUAAUUACGUUGAGAUUAUUGAUGAUGGUCGUCAAACCCGGUCCGAACCUGAUACUUUGACUGCCGACACCCAUACGCCUGAGGCUGUCCCCGAUUCCGCGGCAGCAUUAGGAUCCCACGCGAAACCUACUGCAAAGGCUCUUUAUGAUUACGAGGCCGCUGAGGACAAUGAACUAAGCUUCCCCGAAGGUGGUGAGAUUAUAAACAUCGAGUUUCCCGACGAUGAUUGGUGGCUUGGGGAAUACCAUGGCAAGGCGGGACUGUUCCCAGCGAACUAUGUCCAACUCAACGAGUAA